UUCCACCGGAAGUAAGCCUUAGUCAUUACAGAAAGGCCCAGAGAGUAGGAACGGAGACAGUACUACAGUGUGACGUGUCUGCAUCGCCCCUGGGCGUCAAUGUCUGGAAAUUUGGAGAUCGCAAAUUUGACCAGCAGAGUGGACGGAACUACCACACAGAUAUGUACAGGGAUGACAAGAUGAGAGUCACUCUAUCACUGAGGAUUUUAAAUAUUGGUGAGGAGGAUUAUGGGAAAUAUACAUGUGAAGCGCACAAUAAGUAUGGAAGAAGCGAGAGAUCAAUGUAUCUGUACGAGUUGAUGAACCCUACCCCAAAACCUAGAUCAAGUAGCCUUACUUCAACAACACAGGUGCUCACAAAUUCCGAUCCAGCUAAAAGAACUCACCCAGAAACUGUAUCACAAGUCAGAGAACAAAGUAACGGUGACACAAAAGUAUUCGACUUCCGAGAUUUAGACAGACAAAAAGGUUUGACGUCGCGAGAUGAAAGAAAUGGUCAAGGUACCCCACAGGUUGUUCUCUGGACAGAGAUAAUUAUCAUUUCGUUAGCACAAGUGUGUUCGAUGUGGAGAGAAACGUAAUAAUGAUGGUGUUUGUUAUAAUUAAACAUUAAAUCAAAGUAAAAAGCCAAAAAUAUUUAA